AUGAAAUCAAUAUUAAUUACUACUGGAGCCACCAUUACUUUCAAAUCAUUAAUUGAAAUAAUUUUAUCACCUCAAUUUCUUAAUAAUUUAAUAAAUUUAAAAAUUAAUAAAUUAAUAAUACAAUAUGGUCAUGAAAUUAAAAAUUCAAUUAAUUUAAGUGAAAUUUUUUUCAAUGAAAUCAUUAAUAAAUAUAAUUUAAUUAAUUUAUUUAAUCUAAAACGGAAAGAAAUUUCUACCAUAGGCAACAAUGACAACGACAACGACAACGACAACAAUGAUGACGACAAUGACGACGAAGGAAUACAAUUAUUUAAGAAUUGUGAUAUUGAAAUUUUGGCAUUUUCAUAUAGUUCAAAUAUUAAUAAAUAUAUUGAAAAAAUUGAUUUAAUAAUUAGUCAUGGAGGUACAGGAUCAAUUAUUGAUAGUUUAUAUUUAAAUAAACCAUUAAUUAUUAUUAUUAAUGAUAAAUUAAUGGAUAAUCAUCAAUUAGAAAUUGCUCAACAAUUUAAAAAAUUAAAUUAUUGUAUAUAUUAUUCAAUUAAAGAUUUAAAAAAAUAUGUUAAUGUUAAUGUUAAUGCCAAUGUCAAUAAUAAUGAUAAUAAUGAUAAUGAAAAUAUGGAUAAUAAUGAAUUUUGGAAUCAAUUGAAUCAAUUAAUUAAUGGGAAUUUAAUAUUGAAGAAAUUACCUCAAACUAAUGGAUCAAUAAUUGAAACCAUAAUUUGUGAAGAAUUAGAUAAAAAUUGA